AUGGCAUUUUCACUGGUACGUGAUUUUAAAGACAACUAUCGAGGUAUCUUGCAUACAAAGAAUGGUGCCAAAACAUCAUUUGCCGAUCACAAAUCUAUCAAUUUUGGUAAUUUGGCUAAUCUUAGUAAAAGAUUAAAACGUAAAAAAAUCAUUUCUCAUCUUGUCAAUUUAAUGAAUAAUAAUGAACAAAAUACUAUUAAUAAUGGAUUUAAUGUUGAAACUAAACAUUUAUCAUUGGCAAGUAAUCAAACUGAAUUACAAAAGGAAUUAUUGUCAUUGGAAGAACGUCAAACUACUAGUGGAUUCAAAUUUGGUAUUGUUGUAUGUCAACCAGGUCAAACAAGUGACAAUGAAUUGUUUGGUAACGAAUGUGGUGGACAGGAAUAUGAAGAGUUUUUGGAUUUGUUGGGUGACCGUAUCGAGUUGAUGGGUUGGCAACAUUAUUCGGCUGGUCUAGAUGUUAGAAACAAUAGUACUGGUACACAUUCACUUUAUACAGAUUAUCAAGGUAAUGAAGUGAUGUUUCAUGUAUCUACCAUGUUGCCAUUUGACACUAGAGCAGACAGUCAACAAAUUGAAAGAAAACGUCAAAUUGGUAAUGACAUUUGUGUCGUUGUUUUCAAUCAAGGCAAAGAUAUCUAUAAUCCAAAUAUUAUCACAUCACAAUUUAAUCAUAUUGUCAUUGUAGUAACUGUCAUUGACAGUGAAACCUACCAAGUAUCACUUUCUUGCAAGGAUGGUGUUGCACUUCCCAUAGACCCACCCAUUCCAUUCCAAGGACGUGUACAAAAACAAGAAAUCCGCGAUUGGUUACUCACAAAACUGAUCAAUGCUGAAAUGCAUUCUCUUCAAGCUCCUUCCUUUUCCCAAAAAAUAUCUAGAACUAGAGAAACUUUAUUAAAAUAUUUUAUUGAACAAUAUUUAUAA